ACUAAACAAUCAAUAUCGUCUUUCUUUUUUGUCUUAAACUAGAAGGAAAAGUGGGGUGUCCUGAUUUUCAAAUUUGGCUGGUCUUAGUUAUGGAAAAUUGAUGGCAGAAGGGCAAUUGUCCAUCCCAAGUUCCCAACUGAUUCAAUUAAACAAUAAUGAUGAUAAUUGAUUAAGGGAGUCUACUUGCAUUUUCGGCCAAAAUUAAUUGUGACCCAAAAUUUUCCUUCCAUCUCAUCGAACAGGCAAGAAAGCAACGAGUAACGACCGAAAAGGGAAACAACAUGGAAUCGAGGACCAUAUGUCUGUGAAGCUUUUUCCUAACCCAAUGCCCCAAGUUCUUUCCUCAGGCUGACCGUGUUUCUAGUAUGACCUCUAACAUAUUCCCAUACACUUGUCAAGUUGUCAUGUUUUUCCACAACGGGAAGAGAUAUGAAUCAAUCCCAACACGUAAAAGCUCUAGUCCAAAUUAACCUUUGACGUCUUUCUCUACCUUUUCUUGAUCCUAUGAUGAUUCCCAGAGUGAAUGGUUAAUUCUUAGAACAUGAAAUUGUAAAACCAAAAAAAAUCAUAUAUAGCCAUGGAUGAAGCAGACAAUGAUUUUGAUGAUUCUCGAACGAAGAUGGCAAUGACAACGAAAACGCCUUUGUCGGCUAUAGUGGAGGCGUUUGAGGAGCUGUCGGAGUUCUUGGAGUGUCAGAUGAAGGAUGAAGAGCUUCGGUUGGAUAAAUUCUGUGAUGCAUGUUCUUUAGUUUCUGUUCUUUUCAGCUGCCUCGGCCUUGCUUUCAAGUUUGCAGAGAUGGAGUACGUCGCCAAGGUACAUGAUCUUGUGGAAGCAUCGAAGAGAUUUGCCACUCUAGAAAACGUACUUGAUCUAGAUGUUGCACAUGACACAGUGAAAAAGCCUGGAAGCCAUUCGCGUAAUCUGCGUCGAGUUAGACAGGGUCUUGACCUCAUCCGGGCUUUAUUUGAGGAAUUUCUGUCAUCUGAGGAUUACUCUUUAAGGGAAGCAGCUUCAACAGCUUAUGCUCAAGUGUGUGCCCCAUACCACACAUGGGCUAUCAGGACUGCUGUUUCUGCUGGAAUGUAUACUCUUCCAACAAGGGAACAGCUUUUGCUGAAGCUCAAUGAGACAGAUCAUACAGCAGAGAAGAAAAUGAGAAGGUAUAUCAAAGCUUCACGCGCUGUAAUAGAGUACAUUGACAAGCUUUAUAUUUCUAGGAACAUCACCUUGGACUGGUGAAUUAUAUCAGCUAAGAGAGUGUCAGAGAAAAAUGCACAGAAUCUUCCAUUCAAGCAGCAACAAAAUCCUUCAUGCAUCUCAUUGUUCUAGCUAGUUGCCUGUUGCCAAAGGUGAAUUCUUUGCACCUGCCUGGAAGCAUCGUAACAUUUUACUGCAACAGUCUAUGACACCAUCCUUCUUUUUCAUUGUUCAUUCUGCUUAUUUCUAUUGAAGUAGUCACAUAAUAUCAGUUUUGCUGCGAUUGUUGGAGUAUAUUCUUGAGAUCAAGAGCAGAAGUUGUAACCAAUAUUUUUUAAUUAUUCAUGUAAGAAAGAAGCUCAGGUUAUUUGUAGACAAACAACUGACUCCAAAUAUUACUGGUUAUGAACAGCUGACCGAAAACAAGAAAAUCUAUACAACAAUGUUUCAUUA